AUGUCUGUCGUGGCCUCUGAGAAGGUCCAGACAAUGACAAAGCUGGUUGAUCAGACGGAGACCAGUCUGCUUGAAUGCAAAGUGUGCUUUGAAAGAUAUAGCCAGCAGAAAAAACGCCGUCCAAGGAACUUGCCGUGUGGACACGUUAUGUGCCUGGAAUGUGUCUCUUCUCUAGCCCACCCACGGAAUUUAAAGUUGGAGUGCCCUUUCUGCAGAAGAGCCUGCAAAUCUUCUGAGACCAGUGACUGUUUGCCGCUGUUGCAUUUGAUGGAAAUCUUGAGCCCUUCGGCUAUUCAUUCUCCAGUUUCAGGAAGGACGGUUGGGACAGGUGAGGCUAUGGCUGAACCAGCAUCUCAUGUCUUAACAUUCAGCCUUUCAUUUGGAGGAUGGGGAACGCUCAUCAAUCCGACUGGUAUGGCCGUCUGUCAGAAGUCUGGCUGCAUAGCGGUGGCCCACGAUGGCAAGAAGAGGAUUAAGCUGUUUACUUUCAACGGGAGCUGCAUACAACAGUUUGGAGAAAGAGGAGACGCAGAAAAUGACAUCAUGUACCCAACUGAUGUCACAGUCACAUUGGAUGGUCACCUCGUCGUCACAGAUAGUGGAGAUCGUUCCGUCAAAGUGUUUGAUUUUAACGGCAGAGGCAAGCUAGCAAUCUCAGAGUCCUUUUCUUUACCGUGGGGCCUUGAUACUACGCCUCAAAAUGAUAUUGUCAUGACCGAUUCAGAGGCAGGCAUUUUGUAUCGCUUGACUGCUGACUUUAAAAAGGGGGAAUUAAGGGAAGUGAGAAAAAUAUAUUGUAAUCUAUGUAACCCAAGAAAAGUGGCAGUUUCUCAGACUUCUGGUGCUAUUAUGGUAAUAGAGCAUCUAAUGGCGAAAGGUCCAAGCUUUGGCUGCACAAGAGUGAAAGUUUUCAAUGCAGAUAUGAAGCUCAUUAGUCAGGUGGAUAGUUUUGGCCUGAAUCUUGUGUUUCCUUCCAAACUCUAUCCCAGCGCUGUCACCUUCAACAAGGAAGGACACGUAAUAGCAACUGAUGCCUAUAACCAAACAGUAUUUGGCCUUGGCAAACCUGAAGAAUUCCCUGUAUGUAAACCCAUCAUUACCCAGGGUCUUUCCUACCCCCUGGCAUUAGGUUACACUGCAGAUAAUUCUCUGAUUGUCUUGGAUGGUGGAGAUCAUUCUUUAAAAGUAUAUACCCCCUGUUCAGGUAUUGGGGGAGAGUGCUUUCUUUCAAACUAA